AUGUACGCCCGUACUAAAUACGAAGGGUGCGUGAAAUGCCUGUCAAGUGGGUUAGUAGCUGCCAAUAUAUCAGGAAAGGCCAAAGUAGCAUAUCAAAUACAGCGAAACAACGCAUUGGAGAAAGGGCUUGUUCCGCCACUAAGACCCCAACGAACUAAAGCGUGUCAUGUAUGUGGAGGCUGCGGUUUGGUAGAACGUGUUACUACUGGUAACUGUAGUAAUAUUUCAUACAAUGGAAAUACAUUUGUACCACGACGGCGGUGUAAGGUAGUGGUCAUUGGUGGUGGUAUAGGGGGCUUUGCCCUAGCACUAGCCCUACAACAGAGAAAUACACAGGUGAUAGUAUAUGAGAAAGACAAGUCCUUUGAUGAGCGCUCCCAGGGUUACGGAUUAACACUACAACAAGGUGCGCGCAUCUUAUCAAAACUUGGGUAUACUCAGAGUUUGGAUCAAUACGGAAUCAAUCCAUCACAGAAUAGCUCCUUCUUGCCGACUGGUGAAUUGCUUGGCAG